AUGUCUCUCCGCUUCGUCCCCAACAAGGCGCAUCCUACGCAAACCGCUCUCGAGACUUCAGCACCCUCUGCUCCCGGUGUUCACGACACCCUGCGAUCUCGCCUCGCCCAAACUUCCAUAGCACCCACGGCCUCAUCAUCGUCGACAGCACCUGUCGCUCUCCAGUCCGCCCACCCACUCGAGGCCCGUCUUACCCAAUGGCGAGACACCCAAGACCGCUUGAAGAUGGAGAUGUUGAGGCGACAAUUUGGUAUUGCAGAGCCAGUGCGUAGGGGUAUGGAGCUCAAGAUUGCCGAGGCGGGCGAGUGGAGGCCGGCAACUCUAGGUGGAAGCAGUGGCGUCCACCGGGAUAUUCUACAGGGACGUGACUGCGAGAUUGGCUGGGAGGAUGUGUUCACUGGCAGCGAACUACGUGAGGUGCCAGACUUCCACACUGAGAUCGAGCACAAGAUGAAGAUGAACUGGUAG